UAACAAUAUUCUUCUUUUUCGCAUCUUUGGAUUCAAUUAUCUCAAUAUUUUUUUCUUUUUCUUUUUUACCAGUCAAAUAUUUCUUUUUCUGAAAACCCACUCUCUCUCUCUCUCUCUCUCUUCUCAGCCUCUUCCACUCUCUCAACCCCCACACACAACACUGUCCUUUGCCUCAGUUCGUUAGGCGCACUUUCCACAAACCCAUACAAACCCUUCCUUUUUCGCUCCUAUUCAAUAACCAGCUCUCACUCUAUUUUUCCUCCGCCACCGUUUUCAUCGUCGACCACGACGGCGCCACCAUGUUCUCCUAGACCUCCGGCGUCCCCCGGGUUUUUCCUGGACAACCCUGAACAUUUUGUUCCGUUCUUUUAGCUCUUAAAAUGAAACGACAAACCAAUGGCGUGUCUAGAUUUCAUAAGGCAAAUAAUGCUCAAGUUGAAGGGCCUAACUGGCUUCUUAUUGCUGCUGGUGCUUUGUUGAGUACGUUAUCCAUUCGCUUUGGUUACAAGUUGAAACAGGCACUUGACUCAAAGCCGAAGCAGAAUGCAACCACUACUCAGAAAGCAAAUGGAAAAUCCUCCAACACAAGGAAAUCUGCAGAUUGCUUUAUGCAGUCUAAUGGAUAUUCCCAAACACAAGAUAAUCAUGGCUGCUUCAGUUGCAUUCCAGGAACUGGAGGUAAUAUGGAACUAAAGUGCCCACCAAAUGGCCAGAUGUUGAGUGAAUUUGAUGGGGCCCUCCCUUUGGUGACUGUUCCUGCUGCUGAAUAUAGCAAGGAAAAUGGUGUUGUCUGGGCAUGCUCUCCUGAUCGUCUUGAAUUACCUUCAAAGCCAUUCCACCAUUCAAAUUGCUCAGAUUCACCAUGUGUAUCAGAAUCUGGUUCUGAUAUUUUUAGUAAGCGUGAAGUCAUACAGAAGCUGCGGCAGCAAUUGAAGAGAAGAGAUGAAAUGAUACUAGAGAUGCAAGAUCAAAUAGCUGAAUUGCAAAAUUCACUUAAUGCUCAGCUGGGGCUUUCUUCUCAUUUACAAUUGCAGCUUGAGGCUGCAAACAGGGGCUUAUUUGAUUCGGAGAGAGAGAUCCAACGGCUGAGGAAAGCAAUUGCAGAUCACUGUGUUGGACAUGUUCCCCAUGACAAAUCUUCCACAAUCACAGCUUGGCCUGCCGAGACUAGAAAUGGCCAUGCAAAUGGACAUCUUGAUGGGGAGAAUAAUUUGGAGCCCCCUGAAAAAACAAGGGAUGACGACGACAGAAUUGAGAUGCUGAGAAGGCAAGUAGGAGAGUUGAAAGAGGUAAUAGAAGGAAAAGAAUACUUGCUCCAGAACUACAAGGAGCAAAAGGGGGAACUCUCUCUGAAAAUUAGGGAAUUGCAGCAGAGAUUGGAUUCUCAGCUGCCUAAUAUUUUGUAGAAGCAGUCAAGUUUGUGAAUUCAUUACUUUACAUUUGAGAAAUCUUCACUGUCCUCAUUCUUUAUUUUCUCUCUGUAAUUAGCUUAGCUUUGAUUGCUUGAUAAUACAUUUUGAGUUUUUGCGAGUGUGUUAGAACACAAUGAGCCGGUGGGUUGGGUAAUUGAAAUGGUAAGAUGACUGCAUAGCGGUCUUAUAAAUUGAAAAUACUACUUUUUUUGUUGGGACAAAUUGAUCA